GUUCAAUUAGAACUAAAUAAUGAGGAAAAGGUUGAGAAUGAUUGUGAACUCGAAGAAACUGAUGGUUAUAUUCCAAAUACUAAGACUGAUUCUGAAUUACAACAAAGAAUUUUAGGUGGCAGAGAAGCUGCAGAGGUUGGACUGACUGAGGAGUGGCGAAGAAGUGCCGAAGAGCUGCAGCGCAAGUUGCCAACAGCUGCUCAACCAGUCUUUCUAAAUCAGGAUCAAGUCUUAUCAUGUAUUCCACCUGACCUUGAAUAUUCUAACGAACGAAAUUCCAUGGCUUCAUCUUCCUUUGGACAACAACAAAAAUAUAAUAAGCUGAAUUUUGAUGAAUUCGAAAAUUUUGCUAAUGAAGAGAUGGUUCGAAUGGCCAUGUUUGUUAACAUCUUUAAAGUCCUGAAUACAGUAAUGGAGGAUGAGGGAAUCACGUUCACAAAUCAAUGUCUCAAUAACAUGGUUGGGAUGCCAAACUUUAUUGGUAGGAAAGAGUAUCAACUCAUACUUACAAUAGAAGUCAAAAAAGAAUGGGUUUUGCCUCUUGCAAAAACGGUUAUAUCACAAGCAUAUACGUAUAUAGCUAGUAACAGACUUCAGUAUGGUGUAUUAACGACAUUGCUGAAUGAAAAUUCUCAAUACGAACUACCACAAAGGUAUCCGUUUCGUGCACGUAAGAACAAUUCUAAUAGCGCUCCACAAGAAAUAAUAGAACUGUCAGGCUCAGCGAACUUUCAGUUUGGCAAUUUCGUCGGGUCAUAUCUGGGUUAUGGCAGGAGUGGGACUACGUUCAGUUGUAAAUACAAUGGGCAAGAUAUAGCCCUAAAACUUACUGAUUUGUCAAAAAAGAAAUUCCUAUUGCCAGAGCUGUUGAAAGAAAUAGAAAUCUAUCACUUUCUCGCAGAUAUUCAAGGGUUAUUCAUACCAAAAUUAGUAGGCUAUGGAUAUAUGUGA